GGACACAGACAAUAGCUCGGGGCAGAGUAAGAUUCCUUGUCGCACUCCACAGUCAGGCAAUAAAGAAACCCAGGAAACAUGAGGAGUGUCGGGGCGAUAAUCUGCUUAAUGAUUGCGAUGACGGAGGGGUUUUUCCUGGACUCGUUUAACUCCCACUGUCAGCCCAUCCUGAUGUUCUGUCGACUAAACUGUGCCAACGGGUACGAGAAGGACGGUUCAGGCUGUGAUAUCUGUCACUGUAAAGGCUCAGACACGCACCUGCUAUUGGUUGACGGGACUCACCAUCACAUUCAGAAUCCGUGCAUCCCCUCCCAGCAGAGCUGUCCCCUCAACUGUGAAUACUAUGUCAAGGGCGGAACCGGAUGUGAAUUCUGCAUGUGUGACAACUCUCACCAAACGACAACAGUUCCAUCUACUACAGUGACCCCAAAAGCGACCACGGUCCAGAAACAGGCCACUUCCUCUACUGCUGCGCCCGUCACAGCUACUUCCGGCAAGUUAAACGUCACAACACACGACCCAAUCGACUGCGAGCUUUCAAAACAAGUUUGUGAUUUACGCUGUAAGGGAGAGUACCUGGUGGACCACAAAGACUGCACGUACUGUGUCUGCAGGUCGGACGUCUGCUAGAUACAUUGUAUGUCUACAUUCUCCUGAGUGUAUGUACAGCCGGGAAGAGGGAAGAGGGAAUACGAACGGCGUGCAUGGAUAUAGCAGAUGUCUAAUUAGCUCAAAAUGAUUUACAUGCAAUCGUAUAUCAUCGGCAUUUUUCUAUUAUGUAGGAUUUAGGUUGACAGAAAUACGUAUGAAUCGGAUAAUAAUGUUUGAACAAUAUCUAACCGGAGAGGAUUGGUGGCUGAUAAUAUAAAGGGAUGAUAACAAGUCUCUACACUUAUUGUUUUCUAUUUAUUUUUUCAAUAAACAAAUUAAAAAACACAA